CAACCAGCACCACCAUUCUACUGUACAAUCACCCCUGUCACCCUUCAGCUUGCUUUUCCACUCCGUCAAACGGCUUCCCGUUUGUCGGUAGCUCCUUUGGUGCAUCGUUGCGUGUCCUGCCAGGUUUUCUCUUCUAGGGCUUUUGUCGAUCUCUAUAGUACCAGUGCAGUCGUGCUGCUGCCCGCCGCAUAUCACCAACUCUCCCUCGACACCGGCUUCCCCUCGUCGUCUGACCCUCGGCCUCGAUGUCUUUGCUGUCGCCCAGCUGACGUUCGUACUUUGGUCUUGUCUCUUCCCACUCGAUACGACAUUCUCUACUACCUUCCCACCUCGACGUCGUUCGAGAGACUCCCUUCGGAGGAGUAAGGGGUUCUUCCAGCCGUCGCGUUUGCAGUCUUGCUAUUGGUGCCGAGGGACGUGCAACUCCUGCGGUAUCUUUACAUCAUGGAACCGAUCCCCAUCACCACAAUGAUUUCUGCUGUUCCUCAUCAGCACCAGGCCGAGUCUCCCAGGCCAAUGACUCCUGCAAGCCCAUUGAUCGAGGCUACCACUGCCUUCGAUCAGCCCGUCAAACUGAAGGGCCGUCAUAGGCUCCUUCAAAGUUUGCAGCGCAUGUCUUCCUCUCCAUCGCUAGCCAAGUUGAGCCGAACAAGAUCGAGCGAGAAGGUCUACAAGUCCGGCCAAAAAGCAUCAAUUUCCUGCGUCACUUUGGGUUCUCCCGCUUCAUCAUACUCUCUAUCUCCUCCGAACUCCUACAACUCCCAGCUAUCCCACGGCUUCUCCACCGCCCCUACCACCCCCGGCACGCCUGGUAGCCAGCAAUCCUACUUCGAAGCGAAUUGUCGACUACGAGUGCUCGACUCAAACGAAAGUAUCUCCGCGUCCCUCCCGAUCGACCUUCGAGCCUCCAAACCUAUUUCCAUACCUUUACCCGAGAUCUCAGAAAAGCCAUUUCCUCGACGACCCAACUUCAAUUUUUGGAAGGAUCUACCCCACGAGCUCCGCAUUCAUGUCUUCAGCUUUCUAUCACCGAAAGAGGUCAUCAGGUUGUCAGCAGUGUCCAAGGAGUGGCAUGGCAUGUGCUUUGAUGGGCAACUAUGGACAAGUCUCGACUGCCAAACAUACUAUCAGCAAAUAACAUCCGACGCUCUGAUCAAGAUCAUGCUCAACGCUGGCGCAUUUGUCAAGAACCUCAAUCUCAGAGGAUGCGUCCAGCUACGGGACCAGUGGCUGAGUUUGGGAACAAGAAUGACGAAUCAAGAAUGCAGGAACCUCGAAAACUUCAGUAUCGAGGGAUGUAAGAUCGAGCGAUCGUCAAUACACUUCUUUUUACUGAGGAACCCGAGGCUGCUUCACAUCAACAUGCCCAGCAUGCAGAACAUCAACAAUGCAACGAUGAAAAUCAUUGCUUGCCACUGUCCACAACUCGAGCUGCUCAACAUCGACUGGUGUUCCCAAAUUGACACCAAGGGUCUCAAAAAGGUCAUCCAGUCUUGUCCCAAUCUGAGAGACCUGCGAGCUUCCGAAGUUAGAGGUCUAGAUGACAACGAAUUUAUGCUUGAGCUCUUUCAACGGAACACUUUAGAAAGGCUCAUUCUCCAACAUUGUGAGAGCUUGACCGACGAGGCUUUGCAAAUCAUGGUUCAUGGUAUUGAUCCGGAACGAGAUGUUCUGACUGACCGUCCACUCGUGCCGCCCAGAAGGUUACGACAUCUGGAUAUCUCAAGGUGCCGCAGUAUUACGGACCGAGGGGUUCGGUCCUUGGCCCAUAAUGUCCCCUAUCUAGAGGGUCUCCGUCUGUGUCAGAACACCGCCUUGACGGAUGAUGCAUUGGAGGAUCUCCUGCAGUCAACAAACCGGCUAACGCACCUUGAAGUGGAAGAAGUCGAGCUUCUCACAAACGCCACCCUCAUCACGCUUGCAAAGUCCAAAGCAGCAAAGACAUUGGAGCAUCUGAGCAUCUCGUACUGUGAGCAGAUGGGCGAUAUUGGAGUGCUGCCUCUACUAAAAGCCUGCUCGGCCAUCAGAUCUUUGUGCCUUGAUAAUACGAGAAUCUCAGAUUUGGUACUCAUGGAGGCUUCUGAGCAAGUCCGGAGACGUGGCAGCACGACCAAGAGAUCCCAAAUUCCAAGAAAAGGUCUGGAGCUAGUGGCGUUCGACUGCGCAAACGUAACCUGGGCUGGUGUUCGCGAAAUCCUCCAGGGCAAUGGCCGUGUGAUGCAGGGACGUAAGAAGUCAGUCGUCCAAACAGUGGAGGAAUUUGGCGACGAGAAGAAGACGAGAAAGGUCAUCGAAAUUCAAGAACUCCUUUAUCCGGCCCAGAUCAUCCAUCUCAAGGCUUUCUAUGGCUGGCAACAGACUGUGGAAGAGCAUUACAAGAGAUGCGUGACUGGACGAUGGGGGGCAGCAGCCCGCCUCGAAGCCAAGUGGGCGGAGUGGAUGGUUGCCAGCGAAGAGGUCGGCGUGGUCGGUCAUGGCUGGAGCUCGAGACGGAGACGACGCCGAGCUCGUGAAGCCGAGCACAGAGUCAGAGAUGACGAGGAUGGUGCCACACAAGACCUAGGCACGGGUGAUGAAGGUAGUGGCACCGAGUAUGCUGUUGGUCAGGCACCACGGCCUGGAAGGCGGCGAGCUCGCAGUGGUGGGUGCGUUGUGAUGUGAUGCACAUAUCCCUGCAGUUACUAACGAUUUAUGGCCUGCGGAUUCCGCGCCGGUCGACGUGGGGGAUACGGACACAAAUGUCAUCACGAGUUGUUUUUAUCAUGGAAGGCGUUAUCAUCAUAUCGGAGGUGUUCAAGUGGACAUGGUAGAGUUUUCUGUUUUGAGCAUCUACCGGACCACAGGCGGUACAAGAAGUCUUCGCAUGGGAGCCACGGAUCGGCGGUUUGAUGGACUGAUGAUAUGAUUUUUGACGAUAUGGUUCAUCUAGUAUACUGCUGUCUAUAGGGGAAAUGUCUAUACGUCUUCGAGGGCCUCUCACUCAAUCUGAUUGAAUAUUUACUGUGCUAAUUCUUGCUUUGCGAUUUCCG